AAAUAUAAUUGAGAGGAAAAUCCCAAAAUUUGCCUCAAAAUUUAGAUGCCUACAAGAUUAGAAAGGAAUCCAUCAAAAGAAAAAAAUUAUCAUCCCUUAGAACGUUAAUUUGAACUGAUCUGCUUCUGAAAUGUCGUUUACCUGACUAUUGUUUAAUCUAUUCUUCUAAUCUUUUGUCAUUCCAUUACAAAAACUCGAGUUCCGUUAAAUAAUCCUGCCAACGGUCUAGUAUCACAUGGCGCCGAUCAAAUUUUUGAAAACAACACCACUCAAAUUGUCUCUUCUGACACCUUCCCCCCCAUUUUCUUUCCACUAGUUUUUGCCAAGAUUCCAAGUUUUAAAUACAUGUUACAGCCCUGUGAGCAAAUGUCAAAGGCUUAAGAAAAAUUUCUCAAUGGGGAAUUGUUCUCUCAAAGGGGUCACUGGGGAGUGCAACAACUCUAUCAGGGUUUUAACUGAUACCGGCGAAAUCGUUGUUCUCAAGGGUCCUAAACUAGCCCGAGAGAUUGCAAACGAUUUUCCAGGGUAUGCUAUUUGCAGAAGAGGUCAAGCUUCAUUACCAUUGCCUGAAGAUGAAAGCUUGGUUAAUGGGGGAUUUUACUAUCUUCUUCCCCUGGAGAAGGUUCGGAAGCCUGGUGACUCUGGUGUCAGUAAACAGGUUAACAAAGAAGCUGCGAAGAAAAUUGAAGUGAAUUGGACGAAUCGGAUUGAGCCACCUAAGAUGUCAUCAGCAGAUUUUGUUGAGAAUUUGUCAAGUGGAUCGGCUCUGGAAGUGUUGCCAUCGCAGAAGAAAGGGGUUUGGAAAGUGAAAUUGGUGAUUAGCAGUCAGCAACUGGGGGAUAUUUUAUCAGAACAAGUUAACACUGAGGCAUUGAUUGAGAAGAUGAGACUGGCUGCAAGCUCAGCUAUGCUAACGCCAAAGCGGAGCAAGAGCUCUUGGGUGGUGGGCUGGAAGCCAGCCUUGUCCAAUGUGUUCAAGGUUCCCAUCGAUAACAAGGCACCAUAGCUAGAUUUCUGCCCUUAGGAAUCUACUCUGCUAGAAAAAAACUGUUUCAUGUAGCCUAAUAUUUAUCUUAUUUUAAAAUGUUUAGUAGCUUAAGCGUCUUGUACAUAUAAUGUUAUAAUUAUUAUUAAAAUUUA